AUGAGUUCGCCCACAGGUGUCACGCUUGCGUUCCUCCUGCAGUUCAUUGACGACUUUGGCGGCCGCGCCGCCUUUCGGGGCCUCACGACCGAAGACGUCUGCUACCUCUACGUCCUUCCGACGACGGAAGCCGCCAACGCUUCGUAUCUGGACCUCUACACGCAGAUGCACCCCGACAGCGCCGGCCUCAUGACGGCGCCGGCCAACUGGUACCUCGGGCACACGUGGCAGAACCAGUUCCUGGACGUG